AUGGUCUAUGCGGGGUUUGGGGAGAGGCCGGCAAAGGCGAGGGGCCUGGAUGGGCUUGAGCGAAUUGAACCCCGGGCAGGGGCCGACAUCUACAUCCGCGACGAGCACGGCGCCCUUGUGGCCACAAUCUCGUACAUUACCGCGGGUCGUUGCGAACACGACCUACGGCUGGGGCUCAUCGUCGAGUCCUGUGGAUCCCGGCCGGCUGUGGUUCGAUGGAAGGCCUCAAGGGGCACAAUGCAUGCCGCGGGGCUUUGUCGUGGCCACAAGAACUCGGGAUAUGCCAGGGGGACAUCGCACUAUGCAAUGAAAGGAGGGGAAAAGAAGUUUCUCGUUGCCACGGAAAAGGCCUUCACCAAGCGACUGCUGCAGGAGCUCGCCAAACGCAACCCCACCGUGGAGGCCUACCUGAUGAUGGCCAUGCCAGAGGUGUACAGGCCAAAUUCCGAUGAGUUCCCCCCGCGGUUCGCCACCACCAACUAUCAAGUGGUCGUUCACUGCGACCCGUCGGACGACGGCGUAGCCGGCGAGCUGAACCCGCACACAGGACGCACCAUAUGGAAGCCGACCCCGAAGGAGGAGCUUCUGGAGGAGCUUCAAGCCCGCAAGCUAUGCGCAUGGGCGGCAGGCUAUGCCGCCGCUCCGCCAACCGUCGUCGGCGAGUGGGUAUUUGUGCUGCCAGAGCAAGGCUUCUAG